CUCAGUGAGAGGAAGUCGCUCAAUUUCCAUGAGACCCUGAACAUGUCGCACUUUAUCCAGCGCGUUUUUGUGACGUACACGUCACGUGGUUUUUGCUUCGUCCCUCUUUCGCUUGCGUUCUCACUUGCUAACGGAGCUAACAAAGCUCAUUCGGUCUUCUUUUUUCAGACUUUUCAUAGACAAGUGGUGAUUACACGUGCUGCAAAUCGAGACAAGGUCAAGAUUAUUUCAUAUUCGUAGCAGCAACGUUUUUCUCCGGCAGCGGAGAAAAGUGUGAGCCGCGAUGUACAACGGCAUCGGCCUGACCACUCCCAGGGGCAGUGGCACGAAUGGCUAUGUUCAGCGGAACCUGUCCACGCUGCGGUCCAAGCGGCCACGCGAGGACCGCGGCGCCGAGCGUGACGAAAAGGACCGCGAGCGGCUGGACAGUCAACUCAACAGGCAGCCUAAUGCCGACAUCCUGGAGCAUCAGAGAAAGCGGCAACUCGAGGUGGAGUGCGCCAAGUUCCAGGACAUGAUGGAGGAACAGGGAUACUCAGCAGAGGAGAUCGAGGAAAAGGUGAACAGCUUCCGAAUGAUGUUACAGGAAAAGCAUCAGCCGCCGCCUCCCGCUGCUGGUGACAAAGCCAGCAUGACAGAAACGCACGCUCUGGCGGCGGCGAACCAGCAGAAGAACGACCGGCUCCGUGCUGCCUUCGGCAUAUCUAGCGACUAUGUGGACGGCUCGUCCUUCCACGCCGACCGCAAGGAGAAGGAGAAGGAGAAGCGCGAGCAGGAGCGCCUGGAGAGGGAAAAGCAGCAGCAGCAGAAGAAAUACACGUUGGUGGAGGUCUCGGACGAUUCAGAUUCGCCACCAAAGAAACGCAGUCGCAAGAAGAAAAAGAAGAACAAAAAGAGAGCCGGCUCACAGAGUCCCUCGCCCCCCCCUCGCAGAGACAAAAAGUCCAAGAAAAAGAAGAAGAAACGUGAAUCCUCAUUGGAAGAGGAAGAAGACAGUUCCUCAGAUGAGAAGCAGAAGAAGGCGUCAAAGAAGAAAAAGAAGCGCGUGAGUAAAAGUCCCGCAAAGACGAAGGCAGUGCCACAGCGGAGCGCCUCGUCAGCUUCGUCCCGCAGUCGCUCGCCUGCGCCGCUGCGAUCGCAGCAGAGAAAAGCGCAAGAAGUCGCCAUCGGACGCAGGCCAAGAUCUCCGGACGGGAGACGAGGCCACAACGAGCAAAGUCCUCGACGUCGAGGAGGCGACGAGAAAGAGAGAGAAAGGAGAGCGGCCUCCCCACCCGCAAGACGAGACUCCUCCUCCCCCACCAGAAGGAAAGAGACUGAGAGGAGCAAAGAGCGGCCGAGUGAAAGACGGCGCUCGCGCAGUAAAGAUAUGGACAAGAGAAAGAGGGACGGCGAGAAGGACACUCGGAGGAAGUCCAGGAGCAAAGAAAAAGACAAACGCAGAGGUAGAAGAUCUACAAGUCCAGAAAGUGGGAAAGACAAAGCACGGGCAAGGCGGUCUGGGAGCAGACAAAAGUCAGAAAGAGCAAAGCCGUGUCCUCCCCCGAGGAUGAGACACGACUCCUCUUCUUCUUCAUCCCCCAAAGUCGAGGGCAGGACCGGUCACAGCAGGAGAGAGGAAGAGAGGAACGCUGGGAAGCGAGACGCGAGGACGCGACACGACUCCUCUUCGCCUUCGCCUCCCAGAACGGAGGCCAGGACCGCUCGCAGCAGAGGCGCGCAACGAGAGGAGGAAAGGGAUGCCAGGGGGCGGGGCACAAAGACCCGACGCGGCUCCUCUUCACCUUCACCUCCCAAAGCGGACGCCAGGACCGCUCGCGGCAAAGGAGAGGAAGAGAGAAACCCUGGAAAGCGGGACAUGAGGACCCGACGCGACUCUUCUUCGCCUUCACCUCCCAGAACGGACGCCAGGAACGCUCGCAGCAGAGGCGCGGAGGAGAGGAGUGCCGGCGAGCGGGGCACGAGGACCCGACGUGACUCAUCUUCACCAUCACCUCCCAAAGUUGACGCCAGAACUGGUCGCAUCAGAGGAGAUGAAGAGAGGAACGCUGGGAAGCGGGACACGAGGACCCGACACGGCUCCUCUUCGCCAACACCUCCCAGGAUGGAUAGCGGGACCGGUCGCAGCAGAGGUGCGCAACGAGGGGAGGAAAAGGAUGCAGGGAAUCGGGACGCAAGGGUCAGACGCGACUCCCCGUCCCCGUCUCCUGAGAGGAGGAACAGGGGACACGCGGUGCCGACGUCCAAGAGCAGAGAGGCCGCAAAGAGAGUGGACGCAUCUUCUCGCCCUCGUUCUCGUUCGCCGCCUUUCAACGGACGCCAGGACAAAAGUCGAGAGGAUGGAGGUCGAAUGUCCGACCAGCCAAAGGGAAGUCAGCGCAAACCUGACGUCAAGACCAAAAGUCCUCCGAAGCAGCAGGUGCAGGAACAAAAACAGUGCGUCAGUGACAGUGACUCCUCUUCCUCCUCAUCUUCAUCCUCAUCGUCCUCGUCUUCAUCGUCCUCCUCGUCCUCCUCCUCAGAAGACGAAGACCAACCCGAGACGAGAGAAAAGACAAAGUCGUCUUCCAUCGGAGCGGCCGUUCAAAGGUUUUUCACCAACGGCCGCGCCGAGAGCUCACAAGAACCCCGAAGACCCCCCGAGCAGACGGACGACAACAAAGCGCGACCUGCUCACAGAGCUUCUUUGGACCCACUUUCAGGCAAAAAACAGCCGGACCGCCAUAGUCCGCGGGAGAAGCUGAGCAGGAGGUCCCGCUCUCCGCCGGCCCACCGCAUCACGCCACCCAAGCAGUACCAGGACCCCCUGCCCCGCUCCAGGAAAAGUAGUCCUCCUCCAGCCCGCCCCAGGGACCGAGAGCGAGGAUGGGAACGGAACGUCAGACGCAGCAGGUCCAGGAGCCCCAGGAGGCGCAGCCCUCUGUUCAGGAGCCGCGGCCCACUUUCGCCGCCCCCCAAGAGGCGUGACAGUCGCUCGCCAAUCAGGAGGCGAAGCAGUCGAUCGCCCGCGCCGUUGCACAAGAAGCCAUCCAGUCACUCUCCUUCACCGCCGCUCAGGAGGAGGAGUAGUCGCUCCCCGGUGAGGAGGCGCAGCAGUCGCUCACCGGUGAGGAGGCGGAGCAGUCGCUCACCGGUGAGGAGGCGGAGCAGUCGCUCACCGGUGAGGAGGCGCAGCAGUCGCUCACCGGUGAGGAGGCGCAGCAGUCGCUCGCCAAGGGGAAGACGGACCAGUCGCUCUGCGUCGCCACCAGUGAGGAGGCGUCCCAGUCGCUCGCCGUUGCCCCUGAAAGGUAGACCGGUCGGUCACUCGCCAAAGGGGACCGCUCACUCGACGUCUUCAGAGUGUGUCCGCACGCAAGCUAGCCAAGUAGAGAAGCCGCCGGGCAGGCAGGAGCCCCGAGCGCCGCCCGAGAAAAAUGCUGCGCAGCCCAGAUCGUCCUCGUCUUCUUCCUCCAGCUCCUCGUCGUCGUCGUCGUCGUCCUCCUCCUCCUCCUCGUCUUCGCCUUCACCGCCAAACAGGAAAGACGCAAAUCCUCCAGAGCGGGAGAAGAGAAACCAGCGGGAAGACGAGAGGCCUGAGCACAUGUUGGCGAAAAGCAGGUCCAACUCUUCAAUGGCUCGCGAGGCCGCAGCAGUGGAGCGAGGCGCCGGUGACCAAUCGAAGCGGAGCGAAUCGUUAAGAGCCGCAAACAGAAAGUCGUCACCAGCCCAGCAAGAAGUGGUCCCCGAGCGCGGCGUCAACGGGAAGGAAUCCCCCAAGAAAGGAAGCCGGAGCAGCAGCUCUUCAUCUUCUUCAUCCUCAUCCUCCUCUUCAUCCUCUUCUUCAUCCUCCUCAGACAGCUCGGACUCUGAGGUGCAACCAGGAAAAGGGAAAGCUAAAGCUCAGCGUUCCCAAUCUUCAUCCUCCUCAGAUACUGAAAAAGACAAGAAGAACAAAAGCGGCGGUCCACGUCGCAGGCUUCCGGCCGACUCACUGCGAGAUUCCCGCUCUCUGAGUUACUCACCUCCCCAACACAUGCAAGAUGCCGCCGCCGUAGCGGGACGUAGGUCAGGAGGUCGGCCUCGCUGAUCCCUCUCCGCUAACCCGCCCUGUGAACUUUGACCUUGAACAAGCUCCUCCUCCUACUUCUCCUGACUGCAAAAAGUGAAGCAACCGGAGCAGGAAUCAAAGACGCCACACCUGCUGCACAACAAUUAUCCUUGUCGUGACAGCCACCACAGAGUGGACGCGUCAUUUGAUCGUCAUGUGACUUCUGGUGUUCUCGUCGUGUCCUGGCUUUACUUCCUGUGUAUCGGACCAUGUGACUUUGUUUCGUUAGGGUUCUGAAAGAUGAUGAUAAUAAACUUAAUUGUACAUUUUA